AUGGGUGGAAUCAAGCGCAAAGAAGCGCCAUCAGGCGCAGUCAAGAGCGAGAAGAAGCAGAAGACGUCGCAAGGAAAGCCAACCAAAUUCGAGAAGCCAGCCAAGCGAUCACACCUCGACGAAGCAGCAGAGAACGAUGGAGAAGAUGAAGAGUCGGACGAGGCACAGCAAAAAUCGCAAUCGAAUGCGAAAGGAGGACCGAAGAACUUCAAAGUCGAGACGACAUCCGCCGAAGCGCACGCCAAGCAGCGUCAACUCGCCAAAGAGCGAAAGGCCGCCAAACCUCACGCCGAUGAGAUCCAGCGUAGCAAGCAACUCUGGGAGCGAUUGCGCAGGAAGUCUCACGUCCCGAAGGACGAGCGCAAAGAGUUGGUCACGGAGCUUUUCACCAUCAUCGAGGGAAGAGUGCGAGAUUUCGUCUUCAAGCAUGACAGUGUCCGUGUGAUCCAGUGCGCGAUCAAGUACGCCCGUCCAGAGCAACUCAAGGGGAUUGUGAAAGAGCUGCAGAAUGAUGUACGAGACUUGGUGGAGAGCAGAUACGGCAAGUUCUUGGUGGCCAAGAUGGUUGUGCAGGGAGAUCGUGAGGACAAGGACUUGAUAGUUCCACAAUUCUACGGCCAUGUCAAGAGGUUGAUCAACCAUCCAGAGGCAAGCUGGAUUGUAGAUGAUAUCUACCGCCAAGUUGCGACACCGCAACAAAAGGCUAUGAUGUUACGAGAGUGGUACGGGACAGAGUUUGCACUCUUUGGCAAGCAGAGGCCGAAUGCAUCUGCUGAUCAGACGACUGCGAAUUUGAAGAAGAUAUUGGAAGAGACCCCAGAAAAGAGGAAACCGGUUCUGUCGUAUCUCAAGCAGAUGAUCAACAACCUGGUGCAGAAGAAGAUGACGGGUUUCACCAUGUUGCAUGAUGCCAUGCUGGAGUAUUUCCUGGCCCUAGACCCAGGUUCCGAGGAGCACUCAGACUUCCUGGACAUCUUGAAAGGCGAUAUCGAUGCAGACGAGGAGGGUGGAGGUGGUGAUCUGUUCCGUAAUCUGGCCUUUACACAGAAUGGCAGCCGCCUGCUGUGUCUGACGAUUGCCUACGGCUCUGCGAAAGACCGAAAGCUCAUCCUCCGAUGCUUCAAGGACAACAUCGAGCUUAUGGCAUUCGAUAACUACGCCAAGAUGGUACUCGUUACUGGUCUCGACGUGCCUGACGACACGAAGACGACAUCGCAGAUCGUGCUGCGAGAACUUCUCGGACUACAGAUGGAGGACUCCACACAACGAUUCGACCGCCUCGAGGGAAUGAUCACCAACCUCAACUCCCGUGUGCCAAUCCUCUAUCCCAUGGCAGGCACCCAGAAGUGGCUCAUCAAGGACAACGAGAAGGCUCUGAUCGACGAGGUACACAAAGUGAGGGAAACGACCUCGAAGAAGGCACCAGAAGUCCGUCGCCAAGAACUCAUUUCCCACGUCUCAGCGCCUCUGCUCGAAUUCGUCGCAGAUCGAGCACAGAACCUCGUCCAGUCGUCUUUCGCCUGCCAACCCGUCACCGAGAUCCUGCUGGAGUGCCACGAUAAGGACAACGUACACCGCGACGCCGCCAAGGAAGCUGUCGCCCAGCUUGCAGACGGCAACCCACUCGAAGACGGCCACAUUGCCAAAGACCCAGCAGCCAGCCGCAUGCUCAAGACUCUCGUGUCCGGCGGCAACUUCGACCCCAAGACCAAGACCGUCAAGCUCUCCGAACCACGUCUCGGAUUCGGCAAAGCGCUGUAUCCCAUCAUCAAGUCGAAUUUAGUAGAUUGGGCAUGCAGCGAUUCGAGCUUCGUGGUGGUGGCGCUGCUAGAGAGCGAGGAUGUCCCAGAGAAGAUCAAGGGGGAAGUGAAGAAAGCAUUGGAGAAGGGGAAGAAGAAGAUUCAGAAGGCGGCGGAUGGGAAGGAGGAGAAGGGUGAGGGGAAGAAGAAGGGGAAUGCGGGCGCGAGGAUUUUGGUUGUGGGGUUGCUGCUUCUCUUCUAG